AGCAGCUGCUCACAGCACAUUCUCCUCGGCGGGAGCGCUCACUUUCCCCUCUGCCUGCUGGGCUGCAUCUCUUUUUCCCCUCUGUCUUUUUUCUCUCUCUGCUCGCUUUGCGCUCGCUCUCCCUCUCUUUCUCCCGUGCUCACUCCUUUUCUCCUUUGCCCUGCGCGCUUUCACUGACUGUGUGGUGCUUGGCCACACAGAUGUUACUCUUUAUGCAGUAACAGGUAGACAUCAUCUUUGUGCUGCUGAGCGGAGAAUAGGAAAGGGACUGGCUUUCUGGCUUUUUUUGUUUUUUGUAUAUGUGCAAAGUAAACUGUAAGAGAAGAAGCACAGGUGGAGGAGGAGGAGAAGAGGGGGAUAAGAAGAGAAGGCAAAGGUCUUAGCUUUACCCCCUCUAAUGCUCCACUUGACACCAUGCUGCUCUGUAUGGAUUUGGUCCUCAGGGGAAAAUCCUUAAAAUGAUGGAAGACAACAAACAGCUGGCACAGAGGAUUGAUGGGGCCAUCCAGUCUGCCAGUCAGGAAGUGACCAAUCUCCGCUCUGAGCUCUCUGCUACCAGCCGCAGACUGGCAGAGCUGGGUGCCAGCAGCCCCCCUGCCUUGGAGAACCACCACCAGCACAACCACCACGAUGACAGCCUCCACUACCGGGAUCCAUCAGUGCACCACAGACAGAAGACGGUGGUGACAGAAAUGUGCUACCCGACAGAGAUAUCCAGCUUGAUGGACUUUGGCACUCCAGACUGCUCUCUAGGCAAAGUGUUGUUGCGUGAGGAGGUAGCCCAGCUUCAAGAGGAGGUCCACUUGCUGAGGCAAAUGAAGGACAUGUUGAGUAAGGACCUGGAGGACACCCAGGGAGGCUGCUCUGCUAAUCUGCUCUCAGCCACUGAGCUCCGUGUGCAGCUGGGGGACAAGGAGCAGGAGUUGGACCGUGCCAGGGAGGCCUUACAAGCUAUGAAAGCUGACCGUAAGCGUCUAAAAGUGGAGAAGGCAGACUUGGUAAGUCAGAUGCAGCAGCUCUACACAACACUGGAGAGCAGAGAAGAGCAGCUGCGAGAAUUCAUACGCAACUAUGACCAGCACCGAAAGGAGAGUGAGGAUGCAGUGAAGGCCCUGGCGAAGGAGAAGGACAUGCUGGAAAGGGAGAAGUGGGACCUGAGGAGGCAGACCAAAGAAGCCACAGAGCAGGCCAACAUCCUGCGUUCUCAGAUGGACAUGAAGGAGAACAGGAUCAAAGAACUGGAGGCAGAGCUCACCAUGGCAAAGCAGUCUCUGGCCACCCUGACAAAAGAUGUACCGAAGCGCCACUCGUUGGCCAUGCCCACAGAGCCCGUGGUGAAUGGCAGUCAGGAGUGGGUGAUGCAGGCCGACCUCCCGCUCACUGCCGCCAUCCGCCAGAGCCAACAGACCCUCUACCACGGGCACACCACAGACAGACAGGCUGUGGUCAGGAUCAGCCCCUGUCACUCUCGACAGCCCUCCGUCAUCUCUGAUGCCUCAGCGGCUGACGGGGACCGCUCGUCCACUCCCAGCGACAUCAACUCACCUCGUCACCGGACCCACUCCCUCUGCAAUUCCAUGGAGGACCUGGAGGACCAGAAGCGUAAGAAGAAGAAAGAGAAGAUGACUCUGGGAUCCCUGUCACGGGUGUUUGCUCGGGGCAAGCAGCGCAAGUCACUGGACCCUGGCCUGUUUGAUGGUACUGCUACCCCUGAUUAUUACAUAGAGGAGGAUGCCGACUGGUGAUGCUUUGUGUGUGUGUGUGUGUGUGUGUGUGUGUGUGUGUGUGUGUGUGUGUGUGUGUGUGUGUGUGUGUGUGUGUGUGUGUGUGUGUGUGGAAAUCCACUUGGCUUUAACUGUGUGUAAAAACCAUUUUGUUUGUGGGUUUGUCGGGGGGGGAUUUUAAAAGAAAAGCGCAGAAGAGACUGCUAUUCCCAUAAAUGUACAGUAUAUUACCCUCAAAUUGUAUGUUUGUAAAUUAGAUAUAUAUUUAUAGAUGUACAUGUAUGCAUAUGUAUAUAUGUUUACAUGCAUAUAAAUAUAUAAAGUACAUGGGGUUAUUAUUGUGUAGUCAUGUUCAAGCUGUAUUAUCUUCCAAAUGGCUUAAUGUUUUAUGUUUUUUUUAUAACUGGAGACUUGAAGGACUGCUGUUUAUAUGUAAAUAGGAGUUAUUGUGAAACUAGUGUUUUUACUGCAAAUGUCAUUUGGCUUUUUUUUACUUUACAGUUGCUUUUAUCAUGCUUUGCAACACUGAUUUAUGUGUUUCCUCUUAUUCUCAAUCUUACUUGGCCCAUUUCUUAAUAUGAAAGAGGAGAUAUUAGCUGAUUGACUUGAAAAAAAAAUGCUCUCUUGGACUUUAACUGGCCAAAUUCUGCUGUUUCAAAUUACUUGCAGUACUUUGUUUGCGAGGUAUUGCUGUUACAGGGCUGUCAUCAUGUUCAUGUCAUAAAUGCUGGCUCACAGUAUUUGCUGAUAAUACAUUCAAAGCUUAUCACAAUGUCACAUUGACCUCAUCCAUUUAUGGCAAAAAAUGAUAUUCUUCGUUACUAGAAUUAAGGACUGGAAUAUAAUAAGGGUAUUUAGAGUCAGACCUCCAUAAAAAAAUGUAGUUGCACAGACUUGAAUACACAAACAAAAAAUAUCAGAAAAUUAGCAGUGACGCAUAUUCGGGCACACCUCUCGUCUGCUGAAGAAACUCAAGUGCCAAAAAAUAAAUACUCAUCUCUGAAAAAUCUGCGGAUCAUUCUGUCACUGUUAACACUAGCCUCGUUACACUGUUUAUGUCUGACUCAUGUCUUACUGAGGGCUGUCUAACGUGCCAAUAUGAGACCUGUGAAUGCGCAUUAAACACCUGCAUGAUCCCUCUGUGUUGCUUUGAUAAAAUGUCCAUUCAUUGGCAAUUAGAUUAAUAAUCUCCACACUCCUGUGUUGCACCUGUGUUGCCUUUCCCCUAUACCAAGUUCCUUUUCCUUGCAUUAUGAAUGCACGGCCCCCCAUUUUUGUUUUUGUUUUAUUUUGUUAUUUUUGUUUUGCUUUGUGUAGAAUCCCUCCUCAUUUCUUGCAAAGGUGACUAUAAUAAUUCUCUGUUACAUGCUUUGUAAUCUAGGAGAUGUUGCAUAAAAAAAUUAAAUCUAUUGAAGUAUUUUAUUUAAAAAAAACACAAACAAGAGGUAACUUCAAAUACUUAUCUGCUGCAACUGUUGCAGACAGAUGUUGAGGAGGUUUUAGCAUUUUCAAAAUGAAUUAUAAUUGAAAUGAAAUCUUAUUUUAAAAAUAAAACUAGUAACUGAAUUCAUCCUAUGUGACCUUUUUCUGUUCCAUGAGUAAUCUUGUUCUUGUGUCCCAGUCUAACGUGUGUA